AUGAGCCCCCGCUACCUACAGAGCAACUCCAGCAGCCACACGCGACCCUUCAGUGCCAUCGCGGAGCUGCUAGAUAAUGCUGUAGAUCCAGAUGUAUCUGCCAGAACAGUCUUUAUAGAUGUUGAAGAGGUCAAGAAUAAAUCUUGUUUGACCUUUACUGAUGAUGGAUGUGGGAUGACACCUCAUAAACUACACCGAAUGCUCAGCUUUGGCUUUACAGAUAAAGUAAUAAAGAAGAGCCAGUGUCCCAUCGGAGUCUUUGGUAAUGGUUUCAAGUCCGGCUCCAUGAGGCUAGGAAAGGACGCUCUUGUCUUCACCAAGAAUGGGGGUACGCUCACUGUUGGACUCCUAUCACAGACCUAUCUGGAAUGUGUCCAGGCCCAGGCAGUUAUUGUACCAAUUGUUCCAUUCAACCAGCAAAACAAAAAAAUGAUUAUUACUGAGGAUUCCUUGCCCAGCCUAGAAGCCAUCUUGAACUAUUCAGUUUUCAACAGCGAAAAUGACCUGCUGUCCCAGUUUGAUGCCAUCCCAGGCAAAAAAGGCACUCGUGUUCUCAUUUGGAACAUCCGCAGAAAUAAAGAUGGGAAAUCGGAGUUGGACUUUGAUACAGAUCAGUAUGACAUCCUGGUUUCAGACUUUGACACAGAAGAAAAAGAGACUGGUGGUGUUACCUCUGAGCUACCAGAAACAGAGUAUUCUUUACGGGCAUUUUGUGGUAUUCUAUAUAUGAAGCCACGAAUGAAAAUUUUUCUGCGUCAAAAGAAGGUGACUACCCAGAUGAUUGCCAAGAGCCUGGCCAAUAUAGGAUAUGAUAUAUAUAAACCUACCUUCACAAAUAAGCAGGUGAGAAUCACUUUUGGGUUCUCUUGCAAGAAUAGUAACCAGUUUGGAGUAAUGAUGUAUCAUAACAACCGACUUAUAAAGUCCUUUGAGAAGGUGGGAUGCCAGGUGAAGCCAACUCGUGGAGAAGGUGUGGGAGUAAUUGGAGUCAUUGAAUGCAAUUUCCUAAAACCUGCCUACAACAAACAAGACUUUGAGUACACCAAGGAGUACCGGUUGACAAUAAAUGCCCUUGCCCAGAAGCUCAAUGCUUACUGGAAGGAAAAGACAUCUCAAGAGAAUUUUGCAACCUCAGCCAUAGCUAGGCCAAUACCGAAGAUCCCUGACCAGACAUGGGUGCAGUGUGAUGAGUGUCUUAAAUGGAGGAAGCUUCCUGGCAAGGUUGAUCCGUCUACCUUACCUGCAAGAUGGUUUUGUUACUAUAAUUCUCAUCCAAAGUACAAGAGAUGCUCUGUUCCAGAGGAACAAGAACUCAUUGACGAAGACCUGUACUUGAGCAAAGCUAAGAAACAAGAUCAAACUGUCGAGAAAAAGAAGGUACCUAUGGAAAAUGAGAACCAUCAGGUAUUCAGUGAUCCACUGAAGAUCCCUACUGUUCAAGAUAUGGCAGGAUUGAAUAAUAAGACAGUUGGAUAUGAGGGAAUUGAUAGCCCUAGCCUGCUUCCAUCUGUUGGAGAAGAAAGCAGGUCACCUUCUCUUCAACUAAAGCCUCUGGAUUCCAGUGUUUUUCAGUUUUCCAGUAAGUACAAAUGGAUCCUAGGUGAGGAACCUGUGGAGAAACGAAGACGGCUCCGGAAUGAGAUGACAACACCUCCUUUAGAUUAUUCCAUGCCUGGACCUAACAGGAGGGUAGAGCCAACCACUGCCUACUCAGAAGGGGAGAGCAGUCAUGAUAAAUCCAGUUCUGAGAGAAGUACACCACCAUACCUUCUCCCAGAAUACCCAGAAGGAAGCAAGAAUACAGGUCAGAAUAGGGAGGUUUCAGUUCUGUAUCCGGGGACCCAAGACCAACGCCAGGGGUCCCUGCUUCCUGAAGAAUUGGAAGAUCAGAUGCCAAGAUUGGUAGCAGAAGAAUCUAACAGAGGUAGCACAAGCAUAAGCAAAGAAGAAGUGAGCAAGGGACCUUUUGUAGCUGUUGUUGGUGUUGCGAAAGGUGUUAAAGAUUCAGGAGCUCCCAUUCAGCUGAUCCCUUUUAACAGAGAGGAGCUUGCUGAGAGAAGAAAAGCAGUUGAAUCCUGGAACCCAGUGCCGUAUUCUUCUGUGGCCUCUGCUCCUAUCCCUGCUGCAGCCAAUGGGGAGAAAGGAAGAGGCUAUGAGGAGAGUGGCGGUCGUAAUACACCAAAGAUGAAGAACCAGAGAGAGCUGGAAGAAUUGAAGAGAACCACAGAAAAAUUGGAACGUGUUUUGGCUGAAAGGAAUUUGUUCCAGCAAAAGGUGGAGGAGCUAGAACAGGAGAGGAAUCACUGGCAUUCCGAAUUCAAGAAAGUCCAACAUGAAUUGGUGACCUACAGUACCCAAGAGACGGAGGGCUUGUACUGGAGCAAAAAACACAUGGGUUACCGCCAAGCUGAAUUCCAGAUUCUGAAAGCGGAGCUGGAAAGAACCAAAGAGGAAAAGCAAGAAUUAAAAGAGAAACUAAAGGAGACAGAAACACACCUGGAAGUGCUGCAGAAGGCUCAGGUCUCCUACCGGACCCCAGAGGGAGAUGACCUAGAAAGGGCUUUGGCAAAGCUUACGCGGCUGCGUAUCCACGUCAGCUAUCUCCUUACUUCUGUCCUCCCUCACUUGGAGCUUCGUGAGAUCGGGUAUGACUCAGAACAAGUGGAUGGGAUCCUGUACACAGUGCUGGAGGCAAAUCACAUACUGGAUUGAGCACCAGACUAUAUAUUCUCUGCCCUUCUCUUCUCUUUUCAGCCUGUCUACUUUUUGUACUUGUUUCUACCAUCUCAGCCCUCCUCUUCUCUGCUCCUCUCUUCCCAUCCCCCUACAUCUCUCUCUCCCUCUCUCCUCU